CCCGCCCUUGCUGGCAGGCGCCUCCCGCCCCCCGCAUUGCUGAUGCUGCUGCUGGCCGACAUGGACGUGGUGAAUCAGCUGGUGGCUGGGGGUCAGUUCCGGGUGGUCAAGGAGCCCCUCGGCUUCGUGAAGGUGCUGCAAUGGGUCUUUGCCAUCUUCGCCUUUGCCACAUGCGGCAGUUACAGUGGGGAGUUCCAGCUGAGUGUGGAAUGUGCCAACAAGACCAAGAGUGACCUCAACAUCAAGGUCGAAUUCGAGUACCCCUUCAGGCUGCACGAAGUGUACUUUGAGGCACCCACCUGCCAAGCGGGCACUAAAAAAGUCUUCCUUGUGGGGAACUACUCCUCAUCGGCUGAAUUCUUUGUCACCGUGGCCGUCUUUGCCUUCCUCUACUCCAUGGGGGCUCUGGCUACCUACAUCUUCCUGCAGAACAAGUACCGAGAGAACAACAAAGGGCCCAUGCUGGACUUUCUGGCCACCGCAGUGUUCGCCUUCAUGUGGCUGGUUAGCUCAUCAGCCUGGGCCAAGGGGCUGUCAGAUGUGAAGAUGGCCACGGACCCAGAGAACAUUAUCAAUGAGAUGGAUGUCUGCCACCAGCCUGGGAAUACCUGCAAGGAGCUGAGGGACCCUGUGACCUCUGGCCUCAACACCUCGGUGGUGUUCGGCUUCCUGAACCUGGUGCUCUGGGUCGGCAACCUGUGGUUCGUGUUCAAGGAGACAGGCUGGGCUGCCCCAUUCCUGCGCGCUCCUCCCGGCGCCCCCGAGAAGCAACCGGCGCCCGGUGAUGCCUACGGCGAGGCAGGCUACGGGCAGGGCCCGGGCGGCUAUGGGCCCCAGGACUCCUACGGGCCCCAGGGCGGCUAUCAGCCUGACUACGGGCAGCCAGCCAGCGGCGGUGGCGGUGGCUACGGGCCUCAGGGCGACUACGGGCAGCAAGGCUACGGCCCUCAGGGUGCGCCCACCUCCUUCUCCAAUCAGAUGUAGUCUGGUCAGUGCAGCCCGAGAGGAUCCCAUGGGUAGGCAAGAGCUCAGGAGAAAGCCUGCCCCCCUUCCCACUCCUACACCCCAGGUCUCCAUCCCUCAAACCAGGAGACCCUUAACUGUCUUUGCUGUUUAUAUAUAUAUAUUAUAUAUAAAUAUCUAUUUAUCUGUCUGAGCCCUGCCCCCACUCCACUCUCCUCAUGCAAUAGGGGCCCGAUCUUGAGUGGGCCCCUCUCUUACCCCUACCCCUUCCCCUUCAUCCAUUGGCCCCUCUCUGUCCCCUGGCCCUGUGCCCUGGAGUAGUGGGACUCUGAAAGGGGGACAGGGAGGAGACCGAAGGCUGUGUCAGGAGGGUGGGUGCAACUUCAGACUCUCUCCCCCUCUCCCUCGCCUCUACCCAACUGGCCUUGAUUCUUCCAGCAAUGCCUGAACAAGGGCCAUUAGGGAAAAUUCAACCCUGAGAGGGGGAGAGAGAGAGAGACUAGGGGAGCUUGGGACCCAAGGUGGUCUUGGAGAGGAGCUCUGGAGUGGAGGAGACCAGUAAGCAGGAGGAGCAUUGGGUUCCAGACAUACUGGAGCUGGAGUCUCAAGAAGAGGGGUACUCUGGAGCAUUCUAGACUGGGGCUUGGAAGGAGGCUUGGAAAGAGUGUGGUUCGAGAAGGGGUGGAGCCCUGAGGGAGGCAGCAGGGGGGCCCAGAGUGGGCGGAGGUUGGAGUAUGACAGGGUACUAGGGAAGGAGUGAUUUGGGACCUGGGGACUGGGUUUUCAAAAAACACUGAGAGUCUGGUACUAGAAGGGGUGGGGCUUGAACUGUAUAGUGGAGUGAGACUCCAGAGUGGGCUGGUUUUGCAUUGGGACCAGAAUCUAUGGAAGAGGUGUGGCUUGGAACAUUCGGGAGACCGAAUGUGAUUCUGAAGGGGGCAGAGAUCUUGGGCAAGGCAAGAAGAGUGACUCAGGAAUGGGUCAAAGUUGGCAUGAGGUUGGAGUCCGGGUUCUAGAAAGUUCGGGGCUUGGAGUGGGACACGCCUGGGGGUUUCAAAGGAGGCAGCCCCACCCCAGCAAUGGAACAGUGAAGACAAGGUGUUAGAGUGAGUGGGUUCGGCAGUGGGAAGGGCAGGGCGAGAGGCUUGGCUAGGGGCUGCGAUGGCAUGGGUCUUGUUAAGGGUGGGGCGGGGGGAUGACAAGGCUGGGGAUUGAGGUGGCUGGGGACUGAGGUGACCUGGGAAGAGCUGAGAGGUAAGGUUCGGAGGGUGAAAGGUGGGAUCCAGAGAGAGGCAAACCCCCCCCCCCCGCCCCCGUACCCUUGUCCACCCUGCGAUGCGACAGCUAGGUAAUCAGAGGACAGAGGCAAAGGGUCUGUGGGGCCGACCUCCCCCCUCUCCCCUUCCCUUGUCUCAUCCCUCUCUCCCUCCACACCCCCAUCCGUUUCGGGGUGGUUGGAAGCCCGGUCUGGAGCCCCCGUCCUGCACCCUCUGCUGUGUCUGUGAUGUCGGUAGUGCCUGUGAUUGUGUGUUGCCAUUUUGUCUGGCUGUGGCCCCGCCCCCCGCCCCUCCAGGCCACACCCCCCCCUUCCCAUGCCCUUCGGUAUUGUUUGAAGACUCCCUCCCCGAGGAAGAACAAAUACGAUUACUUCUCCUCCCCUAAAUAAAGUCCUCAACCACCUAGUGCACACG